AUGUCAAGCUGUAAUCUCACAAAUGAUCAGAAGAUAAUAGAUGUAACAGGAUACACAGGUGGUUCAGUCCUGUUGCCCUGCUCCUGUGAUGAUCCACAGUCUACAGUUAACACAUUUACAUGGGAAAUUUGGCACAAUGGAAGCCAAUGGAUGAAUGCAUUUAAGAAACACAGAGGCAGAUUUAAACUGUUUAAUGAAAUAUCUCCAGGAAAUUUGUCUCUACUUAUUUCUGACUUCAGAGAAGAAGAUGAAGGGAUCUAUAGAUGUAUCACUGAACAACGCAGUUUUACAGAUGUUUUCUUAAAAGUUACAGGAUGUGAUCUCGAUCAGCAGACACAGACAGUUGAGGUGACUGGAUAUUUAGGAGAGUCUGUAGUUCUGCCCUGCUUCUGUACUGAAUCACUGACUAAACCUGACAAGAUUAUAUGGAAGUUCAUAGAAAAAAAUUAUGAAGAAAUUUACCCAUCUGAACACAAUGAGAGGUACAAGAACAGACGUAAACUGAUAAAUCAAACUAAUCCAGGAAAUCUCUCUCUACAUCUCUCAUCACUGACCAAAGAAGAUCAAGGAGACUAUCUGUGCUCUGUGUAUAACAGCUAUAUCUACAUCAGACUUCAUAUUGAAGAGAAACCAGAGGUCUAUACAAUCUAUUCAUCAACACAUCAACCUUCACAACAUGAGCUUAUAACAACUCAACAACCAGAAAACAAAAUAACACAUCAAACUCAUAAUACAACUGUGUGUAAGUCAAAGGCUUGUUUGCUUUACAAUCCUUGUGUUGAAAAAAUAUGUUAA